UUUCACGUUGAGGUGGUGAGGAUUGACUCUUGAGGGAGAGGGGCAUGAGAAUGAGAAAUUCGGCCUCUGGCUCUAGGCCUCUGCUCUGCAAAUUAACUAUUUAUAUAUAGAGAUAUAUGUGUGUGUAUUAUGAUUCAAUUAAUGUGUUGUGUAAUAAUGUAACUAGUAUAAGUAGAAGAGUAGUAGAGAGAAGACAUUGGAGACAAAAUCUAUCCAUUUGUUAUUUGUUGAUUUGUUAGAGAAAAGAUAACAUAAAGAAAGAGAAGAUUGAGAUUGAGAGUGAGAGAGAGGAACGGAGAUGUCAGAAGCUGAAGCAGCCAAGGCAAUAGUGAAGGAAAGAGGAGGAGCAGUGCUUGGGAAGAAGACGAUUCUGAAGAGCGAUCACUUUCCUGGCUGCCACAACAAGCGCCUCUCUCCUCACAUCGACGGCGCUCCCAACUACCGUCAGGCAGAGUGUUUACAUGUCCAUGGAGUUGCAAUUCCUACCAUGGAUGGGAUCCGCAAUGUUCUCAAUCAUAUUAAUGCCAAGACUUCCCGUCUUCUUUGGAUUAGUCUCCGCGAAGAACCCGUAGUCUACAUUAAUGGCCGUCCUUUUGUUUUGCGUGACGUGGAAGGCCCUUCUCGAACCUUGAAUACACGGUAUGCUUAG